UCCUUUGCUUUGCAAAAGGAUCGGCGAGCGCCGCUUCUCUCUCGCUUGUCUCUGCAGCGAGCGUGUCUGGAAGCGAGCGUGUCUGUGUUUUUUUCCUCUUCUUCUCUCUUUCUCACCCUUCCCCCCGCUCAGUUCCCUUUUUGGUCCGCUCCCUACUUUGCCUCUAGAAACCAGCCUGGGGCCUUCGCUUGCAUUGCGUUAUUGGUUCGGGGAAGCGUCUUUCCAUCCCCUCGGCCGUUGGCUUUCAAAAAGGCUCAGGCAUGAUCCGAAUCCACCUCUUGGAAGGAAAGGCAUUUGUGUGGAACUACGCAGAUGUGCGGCGGAUCCGAGAGGAACAUUGCAUUGUCGGCGUGCUGGUGGGCGCAUUGCCUCGGAAGCCACGGCAGAACGUGAGGCUUGGGCUACCCUUGGAAUUGCUCCCUGAAGAGGCUCGGCUGUUAUUGGACAAGGGUUUGGCAAUCCUGGUUAGGAGCCCAACAUCUCAGUCCCUUGGCCAUGGGAAGAACCAGGACGCCUUAUUCUCAGAGAAAGUGAAUGCCUACGAGAAAGAGCUAGAGGAGAACUACCAGGAGCAGCUGAGGCUCUCUGCAGAACAGAAGAAAACCAUGAUGGAGUCCCUUGCAGACCAUAUAAGCCAGGGCCGAGCAAAGAAACGGCAACGGAAAGGAGGAGGAGGAGGAGAUCUCCUUGCAAAGCCUGCAGAGUCUGGUUCCUGUUUUGUAUUUCCCCGAGAAUCAAUGGUGAUCCAACUCCCCACUGCACGGAGUCAGAUAACUCAAGAAGAAGCAGUAGACUGGCAUGUGGCCUCCCAGCUCUGGCCUUAUGCUGGACAAGAGCUUCAUGAAAUGCGCUACCUCAUUUUCCGGGACCUUUGGGAACGAGGUUAUUAUGUCACAACUGGGAGCAAAUUUGGAGGUGACUUCCUCGUUUAUCCAGGCGAUCCCAUGAGGUUCCAUGCCCAUUACAUCGCGCUCUGUUUUUCCAAAGAUACCCCCAUCUCUCUCUAUGACAUCAUCAGUGCUGGACGCCUUGGCACCAACGUCAAGAAGACCGUCCUGCUCUGUUCAGUGGAACAAGAAGGGACUGUAGCAUAUACAUCCCUACAAUGGAGUGGGAUGCAGUGAGAACAGGGAGAAAAGGCUUGGAUCCUAGGAUUGCCAUUUUCAACAGUGGUGAGGUCUGGAAUUGUUAGGGUGUGCUUGGACUGUUUUUUGUCAGGACAGCCUGACCUACCCAAUUAUGGAACGGAGCAUACUGCUUCUGUUUUCACCUUUCAGCCCCAAUGAAGGAACUGUCACAGGCAGUCGCUUUCACAACAAACUAUUUGUGUUGGUAAAACAAAAAUUCAGUAUGCUUGGACUGUCGCCUAUUAUUUGUCUUCCAGAGCAGGGGUCCCCAAAUCCACACACACACCCCCGGGCCACGGCUCACUACUGGGUUGUGAGAUUUUCAGAACCAGACCAUGGAAGUGAUGUGCACACACAGGCCCAGUUAGGUGAGCAGGUAUGUGCAUGCUCCAUUUGCAGGCGCAAAUGCCUACCACUGAUACAAAUGGAUGUGCACUUGCCAGCUGCUGUUGUGGAUCCAUCCCCUCUCCUCCCCCCCCCCCCCUGAUGUUCUGCAUAGCCGGAAAGAUUGGGGAGUUCUGUUCCAGAGUUCCCAGAAUUCUCAGAUACCAUACGUAAAAGUACUGGGGAUGCUUGGAGUUAUAGUCUCAAUACAUCUGGGUUGAGGAAGUUUGUUAUGUUGACAUUAGUCUGAAUUAUGGCAAUUGGGGAUUGGAAUUUUGGUUGCUAAGUGAUGCUGUUGAAAGUGUGGUCUCAUAUAAUUGCAACAGUAAUUUACCAGUCUCUAGUGUCAUCAUGACCUCAACAUCAAGCAGAUUAAGUGAAGACCCAUCUGAUUGCUACGUGGGAAGAAGCAAACAGUUCCAUGUCAGCAGGGCUUUGGUGGGCAUAUGGGCACUACAAAGCAUGGAUGGGUACUGUGGGCAGGCACUAUGAAGCAUGGGCAGGCGAAACAGCUGUGGGAGUGACCUGCAACCACCUGCCAGUUUCCAUAUUGGCUCUGCUUUUGGGAAACUGGCAGGGAAAGUUGAAAAUUCUGAUUGACUGUAGGAUGCUGCAGCGAUCAUAGUUGAAAGGUGGUUACCAAGUGUCUAAUCUUGAUCACAUGACCACAGACACUGCAACAGCCUCACCGUGGGAGGGCCAGUUGUAGGUAUCCCUUGUUAGGUACCGUUGUAACUUUGGUCACUGAAUAAGUGGUCCUAACUUAAAGACCAUAAUCAUUACAUUUAUGCAUAGCAGCUAUAAAGGUAUUCCGUGCUGGUUGGCACCAUUAGAGGCCUUAACGCAUCUGAGUGUAUUUAAUUGAACAAGAAAUGUAACAUAUAAAGACAUCAUGACAGAAGAUGGCAACAUGAAA